UACAUUACUGCUGCUCUGCAGGGAUGAGUAAUGGCAGGAGAAGGGCAAUAGGGGUUAAAUCCAUCAGCCUGGGUUAUCGCUCUCUAAUUGCUCUACUCUUUACUUGCCUGUAGAAAUCCAGUCUGGGGUCAGCAGCCUUCAUCACAGGGGGAUUAAAAUGCUCAAGGGAGUUAAUGCCAGGGCUGGUGUCCCUGCCCUGCUCCACAGAUCCCUGUCUUUCCCAUCUGGGAGCUGAAGGGAGCGCCUGGAAGAGGGCGGCUCCAUGUCUGAAAGUUCAGAUGCUGCCCUGAAUGUGCUGUCUCUGGGCGACAGGAGAGCGUUUGAUUUGGCACCCCAGUGCCUCCAGCCUGCAGAUCUCGUGCCCUCUGUUCUCUGCCCAAAAUGCAGAUUUAAAAAGGAAAAGAAGGCAUCUGCCUUUCAGUGCACUGCUAAAUGUCAGGGCACGGUCCCAGGGAGACACGUUCUCCAGAGCACCUAAGAAACAGGAGGGGGAUGCAGAGAAUGGGGUUUCAGAGCUGAAGUUAGCGAAUGCGAGCAGUGGCGUCUGAAGAGGCUCGUGUACUGCUUUCAGGGAUGUCGGUGAAGUGAGCGGGCUGCAUCCCCUCCUCUGCCCAGCGCAGGACCAGAGGCUGACUGGAAGCUGGCAUGCUGUCCCCUCCAGCCCCUGCGAUGCCCAGCCCUGCUCCUAGCCUUGCUUUCCACCGGUGAUACACCCUGCUUUCCCCUGGCUGCAUUACAGAGACAGGCAGCAGUGAGUAUGCUGAAGAAAACCAGCCUGCAGCCAAAGCCCAGAGGAGUUCUGCAGUGAAGCUGGUUGCUCAAAAGCCAAAGAGUUGUCCCUUCCCCACCUUGGUGUGGACAAGCAUCUCAGACAGUGAAUUCCUCUGUGCUCCACGAGUGCCAAGGUCCUGGUCUGCAGGCUCGAAAAAGAGGGGCUGCCAUGGAAGAGAAUGUGUUCAGCGUGCAGCAGAUACAGCCCAACGUCAUCUCGGUGAGGCUCUUCAAGCGCAAGGUGGGCGGCCUCGGCUUCUUGGUGAAGGAGCGCGUCAGCAAGCCACCCGUCAUCAUCUCCGACCUGAUCCGGGGAGGGGCUGCCGAGCAGAGUGGCCUCAUCCAGGCUGGGGACAUCAUUUUAGCCGUCAAUAGCAAACCGCUGGUGGACGUGAGCUAUGAGACCGCGCUGGAGACGCUGAGAAGCAUCGCCUCCGAGACCUACGUGGUCCUCAUCCUGCGGGGUCCCGAGGGCUUCACCACUCACCUGGAGACCACUUUUGCAGGCGACGGGACACCAAAAACCAUCCGCGUCACCAGACCCCUCUGCCCGGCUCCGAAGGCGGUUGACUUGUCCAACCCAAGCCUGCACAGCAAAGAGCAGCCGCUGCCAGCAGCCGACCGCACCAUGGGCUCCCUGUGGACAAGGGAGAUUGGGCAGGAGGUGGAGCCGAUGGUCCAUGUUAACGGCGUCGUUACCGGUGGCAAAGGGCAGGGCAGUGGAAAGGGGAAGGCGGGUGCUUGUAGCUACCCUUGCCUCAACGGUGGCGUGGAAGACAAUGAACUUCUCAAAGAAAUCGAGCCUGUCCUGGAUCUCCUGAAGAGCAGCAGUAAGGACAGCGAUGGAGAUGCACCCUCCAAGGUAGAGACAAGAGAUAUAGAAGUCCAGGUAGACUGUUUCAGGGAAGGGGAAAACAAGCUGCAGAAAGCUUUACCAGCCGGGAUGGAGAACGACCGUGUCCUCGGUGACCUGUGGGGAAAGAGCAACGUGCCUGUGGUCCUGAACAACCCCUACUCCGAAGCAGAGCAGCCUCCGCCAUCGGGGCGGCAGUCCCCGACCAAGAACACAGUGAAUGGAAGUCCUUCCAAAUGCCCCCGGUUUGUGAAAAUCAAGAACUGGGAGACAGGCUCCGUGCUCCAUGACACCCUGCACCUCAAGACGGCGAUGACCACAGCGUGCACCGAGCAGAUCUGCAUGGGCUCAGUAAUGACUCCUAGCCAGCACAUCCGUAAGUCAGAAGAUACCAAGACAAAAGAGGAGGUGCUCCUCUUGGCUAAGGACUUCAUUGACCAGUACUACUCCUCUAUAAAGAGAUCUGGCUCCAAGGCCCACAUGGAAAGGCUGGAGGAAGUGACCAAGGAGAUUGAAGCCACUGAUACCUACCAGCUGCGGGACACAGAGCUGAUCUACGGAGCCAAGCAUGCCUGGAGGAACGCAGCCCGCUGUGUGGGCAGGAUUCAGUGGUCCAAGCUGCAGGUGUUUGAUGCCCGGGACUGCACCACAGCCCAUGGGAUGUUCAAUUACAUCUGCAACCACAUCAAAUACGCUACCAACAAAGGGAAUCUCAGAUCUGCUAUUACCAUCUUCCCGCAGCGGACGGACGGCAAGCACGACUUCCGCAUCUGGAAUGCCCAGCUCAUCCGCUACGCCGGCUACAAGCAGCCCGAUGGCACCAUCCUGGGAGACCCUGCAAACGUGGAGCUGACGGAGAUCUGCAUUCAGCAGGGAUGGAAGGCACCACAUGGGCGCUUCGACAUCCUGCCUCUGCUCCUCCAAGCCAAUGGCAAUGACCCAGAGCUCUUUGAAAUCCCUCCAGAGCUCGUGCUGGAAGUGCCCAUCCGACAUCCCAAGUUUGAAUGGUUUAAGGACCUGGGCCUCAAGUGGUAUGGUUUGCCAGCGGUUUCCAACAUGCUCCUUGAGAUUGGUGGCUUGGAGUUUUCCGCCUGCCCCUUCAGUGGCUGGUACAUGGGCACAGAGAUCGGGGUCCGGGACUACUGUGACAACUCUCGCUACAACAUACUAGAGCAAGUGGCCAAGAAAAUGGACCUGGAUAUGAGGAAAACCUCCUCGCUGUGGAAGGACCAGGCCCUGGUGGAGAUCAACAUUGCUGUGCUGUACAGCUUCCAGAGCGACAAGGUGACCAUUGUGGACCACCACUCAGCCACCGAGUCCUUUAUCAAGCACAUGGAGAAUGAGUACCGAUGCCGUGGGGGCUGUCCUGCUGACUGGGUGUGGAUUGUCCCUCCCAUGUCGGGCAGCAUCACCCCAGUUUUCCACCAGGAAAUGCUCAACUACCGUCUCACACCCUCCUUUGAGUACCAGCCGGACCCUUGGAAUACCCAUGUCUGGAAAGGUGUCAAUGGGACACCCACCAAGAAGAGGGCCAUCGGCUUUAAGAAGUUAGCAAAGGCUGUGAAGUUCUCAGCCAAGCUGAUGGGACAGGCCAUGGCCAAGAGGGUCAAAGCCACCAUUCUGUACGCUACCGAGACAGGGAAGUCGCAGGUCUAUGCAAAAACUCUGUGUGAGAUCUUCAAGCACGCCUUCGAUGCCAAGGUGAUGUCCAUGGAUGAGUAUGACAUUGUGCACCUAGAGCAUGAAACCAUGGUCCUGGUGGUCACAAGCACCUUUGGCAAUGGAGACCCACCUGAGAACGGAGAGAAAUUUGGCUGCGCCUUAAUGGAGAUGAAGAAUCCCAAUGCCAACCUGGAGGAGAGGAAGAGCUACAAGGUCCGUUUCAACAGCGUCUCCUCUUACUCGGAUGCACAGAAAUCCUCGAGCGAUGGCCCUGACUCCAGGGACAACUUUGAAAGCACAGGGCCCCUGGCUAACGUCAGGUUCUCCGUGUUCGGGCUGGGGUCUCGAGCUUACCCCCAUUUCUGCGCCUUUGCCCGCGCGGUGGACACGCUCCUGGAGGAGCUGGGUGGAGAGAGGAUCCUCCGCAUGGGAGAAGGGGAUGAGCUCUGCGGCCAAGAGGAGUCCUUCAGGACCUGGGCCAAGAAGGUCUUCAAGGCAGCGUGCGACGUGUUCUGCGUGGGGGACGACGUCAACAUCGAGAAAGCAAACAACUCCCUCAUCAGCAACGACCGGAGCUGGAAGAGGAGCAAGUUUCGCCUCACCUACGUGGCUGAGGCCCCAGAGCUCACCCAAGGACUGUACAGCAUCCACAAAAAGCGUGUCUAUGCAGCACGGCUGAUCACACGCCAGAACCUGCAGAGCCCCAAGUCCAGCCGCCUGACGAUCUUCGUGCGCCUCCACACCAACGGCCACCAGGAACUGCAGUACCUGCCCGGGGACCACUUGGGAGUGUUUCCAGGGAACCACGAAGACUUGGUCAAUGCCCUCAUUGACAGGCUUGAAGAUGCCCCCCCGGCCAACCAGCUGGUGAAGGUGGAGCUCCUGGAGGAGAGGAGCACAGCUCUAGGUGUCAUCAGUAACUGGACAGAUGAGAACCGUGUCCCACCAUGCACCAUCUUCCAAGCUUUUAAGUACUAUUUGGACAUCACCACCCCUCCCACCCCCCUGUUGCUGCAGCAGUUUGCGUUGUUGGCCACCAGUGACAAGGAGAAGAAACGUUUGCAGGUCCUUAGCAAGGGCUUGCAGGAGUAUGAGGAAUGGAAGUGGUCCAAGAACCCCACCAUCGUGGAGGUGCUGGAGGAGUUCCCCUCGGUGCAGAUGCCCUCCACACUGCUACUCACACAGCUCCCCCUCCUUCAACCACGUUACUACUCCAUCAGCUCCUCCCCGGAGAUGUACCCAGGCGAGGUCCACCUCACCGUGGCGGUGGUCUCCUAUCGCACAAGAGAUGGAGAAGGACCAAUCCACCAUGGAGUCUGCUCCUCCUGGCUCAAUCGGAUACAGACCGAUGAAGUAGUGCCCUGUUUUGUAAGAGGUGCGCCCGGGUUCCACCUGCCCCAGGACCCCCAGGUGCCCUGUAUCCUCAUCGGGCCCGGCACUGGCAUCGCCCCUUUCCGCAGCUUCUGGCAGCAGCGGCUCUUUGAGAUCCAGCACAAAGGUCUGAAGCCUUGUCCCAUGGUGCUGGUGUUUGGCUGUCGGCAGUCCAGGAUUGACCACAUUUAUAAAGAGGAGACACUCUUUGCCAAAGCCCAAGGUGUCUUCAGAGAGCUGUACACAGCCUACUCCCGGGAACCGGACAAACCAAAGAAAUACGUGCAGGACGUGUUACAGGAGCAGCUGGCCCAAACUGUGUUCAAAGCACUGAAGGAGCAGGGAGGCCACAUCUACGUCUGCGGGGACGUCACCAUGGCCGGGGACGUCCUCAAGACGGUGCAGCGCAUCGUGAGGCAGCAGGGCCAGCUCUCGGUGGAGGAGGCAGGAGCUUUCAUCAGCAAGCUGCGGGAUGACAGCCGGUACCACGAGGAUAUUUUUGGAGUCACCCUGCGUACGUACGAAGUGACUAACCGCCUUAGAUCUGAGUCUAUUGCAUUCAUUGAGGAGAGCAAAAAAGACACGGAUGAGGUUUUCUGCUCCUAACUGGACCCGUCACCCCAAGGGGAUGCCAAACCAGUCCCGGCUCCUGCUGCCCCCUCCAGCCGGAGGGUUUUGUAUCUCACGGACACGGUGGCUCCUUUUCCGCGGGGAACUGCCCAUGGAAAGCGCUCUGUCUCUCGUCCUGUCGUUGUGUCCUGAUGAUGAUGAUAAUGAUGAUGAUUUUUAUUUCCUUUUCUUCCUCUUUCUCUUGCUCUUGUCCUGUGGCCAUUUCUUUUCACCCCCUUUCCCUUCCCUGGAUUUCCCCACUGAAGUACGAUGGCUUUAUAACCUGCAGUGGCUCUUAACAGAACUCCACAUUUCUCCUUCUCACGAGGGCGUUUUGCAGCUGCAUGAAAUCAACUUUGUGAUCAUCCACAUUUUGGUGUUCAGUGGGACAGCAGAGGUGGCAGGGGCUGGGCAAUGGCUACGUCUUGUUGCUUGACCAGAGUUCCCCCUCUCCCCAGCUCGGGGCUUGGCUGAAUCCUUGCGUUUUCAUGGCUUUUCUUUGGACUUACACAGCCCUGGGCAUAUGCCUGAAGCUGGGGCAGAUGAUGUGCAAUGCCCUCGUGCCUAUGAACUUGGUUCACCCCCAAGCAGCCUGGAUACAAGUGUCUGUUUCGAUCCCAAGGGUGGGAUGUCUCUUAUCCACAUGUCAUGAUUUCUCCUAAAUGGAUUCUGUGCUAUGUUUGCCUCCUUCUCUGCUCCCUGCUCCCCACGAGCCUCUCCUUUUGCUCAACCCUACUUUUGCUGGCAUGAGUCCUCCCACAGAGAAGCAAGCAUCAAAUACACAGGCUGAUGUGUAUGCUGGGGAAAAACUCAUGCCAUUGACUGCUGCUUGGCCAGGCUGUCCUCUGGAGGGCUUUACAGGAGAUGUGUGACCUGCAGAAAUGAUGCUGAUGGGACAGAUUGAGGGACUGGCUGCAUUCCAGAGCUUUGCAUGCUGUGAAUGUGUGAACCCUUUCCCAGGUGAGACUGAAAAGCCAUGAGGAUGGGAGAGAAGCAACUCCAACCCCACUGCAAGAAGCAUCUCCUAUCUGGAAGGCAGCACUUGGAGGGUUACGGAGGCUCCUGCUCCUUGGUGAGGAUGUGCUGACCAAGGAUUCUUGAAAGCCCAAAGACAGCAUCAUCUCCAUCUUAGCAGAGUCCCAUGAGCAGUGCUGGGACAGCAGAGCCCAGCCUCUUCCACACCUUCAGGAGCAGAAAGUGCCAGCACGGAGUGACCUGAGAAAUGCAUGUGGCAUCUCAGUGACAAGCCAGCCCCCUCUGUAGGCUCUGCCCCAGCUGCCAGCAGCACUAGCUGUGUCUGCCCGGACAUCUCAAGUGAGAAGAGAGGUGAGAUGGGCUGCAAAGAUGCUGCGUGACUGGGCUCUGGCACGCUCACACCUCAGCCCUGCUGCAGAAACCUGGCCCCAAAAGCAUCUGUUAACGCGAUCACAGGAAGGUAUCAUCCCUCUAACAGAGAAAAGCUGUCUGCAAGGUAAAGCAUAGAUGACCUUUGGUGUCCUUCCUCCUCCUCCUCCUCUCUUCCUCAUCUUGGAAAAGGUUUGUCCUCCCUCAUUGCCAGGACAAGGACAGCAGAGCACGGCUGCAGCUUUUGCUGGAGGCAGGGAUAUGGGGUUGGCAGAUGUAGGAGAUGCCCAUCCUUUCCUCCUGCCCUUGCUCUGAUGAACUCCAUGCUGAUACUUCUAUGGAGCAAAGCACCAAAACCGGUGACAGCAGAGGGCUUGGUCAGGAGCUGCAAUGGUGAGCUUGCUUUCAGAGGGCAGAGAUUAGCCACCCUCUGUCAAAGCCAGAACAAAAAGCUGCAGGAGGUUUGCUGCUCUCCCAGCCCAUGGUACAAGCUGCUCCGGUUCCCCCGGCCCCAGGCUGUGCCGUUAUCCCCACCCUCAGCCAGGACUUCCUCCUCUUUCCUGCUGCUUGGCUAGCCAUGUCUCCCCGUACCGUGAUCACCUCCUGCAGCCUUGACUCCCUGAAUGCUUGAAACAGCUCCAACCCCAAAUCCAGGAGCAAAAGGCACCGAAUUGAGCUCCAAGUCUCGGUUUUGAUGCUCCCACCAGAGUGGUGGAAAAUACGAAUGGAUGCUGCCACUCUGUGGCCAGAGCAGGGUUUGGAGCCGGGUGCGAGGGCAGGUUUGUGUCAUUGCCUGGGGACUUGUCACCUGGAGGUGAAAACUGGACAGGAGAGGAGAAAGGGCAGCCCACGGUCCCCCUGUGUGGGUUGUGCCUUAAUCCCAGGGCAGGCAGUGGGGUGGGGGAGCUGGGUCCCUUUGCUGUCUGUGGAAAACAGCCCUAAAGCUGUGAACAUAGAACAAGCCUGGUCCUAACCCCCAGUCCUGUGGCUGCAGAAACAGAGCUGAAGGGAAAAAAUCAAACUCAUCCCCUUCUUUUGGGAGAUUUGCUUGUGGCUCUAGACUUUGAGCUCUGGUUCUCCUUUUGGUAGAAGGAGUGAUGCAAUCUGAAGAGCAGGUAGUGCCCUAAGAAAUGCCCUUGCCUUUGUCCUUUUCCCAGCUCAUCCUGUGUUGCUGGCAAUUAGUUUUCUCCUGUCCUGUAUCACCUCCCAUCUGGAAGACGUACUGCUGCUGGAGUCUGUGUCUGAGACGAAUUGACUUGCUUUCCCUGUACCCCAAAGCUUCUCACCUCCAUAUCCCCCUUCCACCCAAGCUGUCAGUGAAAGCAGUGGGGAAGCACAGUGGAGAAGGGAAUGGGGCAUGUGCCUUGCCUUCAGUGGGAUCCAUGCAGGGGCUUGUGUCACAGACAGCUAGAGCCCCCUCAAGUUCACCAGGCAUUGGGUAGGUGAGUCCUUCAGAGCCCUUUGGAAGGGAUAUGCUGUUCUAAGGGCAGCCUCUUUGCCCGGCCCUGGAGAAGAAACACUCUUCCUGCCAUGAAGGUCCAUGACUCCCGUUCAUAUGUCCACCAGGGCUCUGAGCUGCCUUUCUGCUCCCUCUGCUUGAGAUGGACCAUUUGCUCCUCACGAGCUGCACCACUGGGAAUUUUGAUUCACUGGUUUUUGUUGAGUCAGUCUCAGACAUCUCAGCUUCUCCAUCCUCUCACCUGCAGGGGCAUCGCACUCCCCUCGUGCUUCAUUUUCUCCCACAGCAAAGGGGAAAAUCAAUUUGUGGAUCUGCUUUAUCAUUCCACAAAUGCAGCUCUUCCUCCAGUUGUCUACACCCUGCUUGUGCCAGUGUGACAUUUCUGACGUGUGGCUGUAGCUACAGUAACUCUGGCACGGAUAAGCAGCAGAGAGUGAGGUGGGGUCAGCCACAGAGUAGUGCUGUGAGCUGCUCCAGGGUGUCAUGGAUGAGAGGUUGUGCCUCUUGGGCACUUGGUUCACAGAUCUGUCACCUCCAGGUGCCUGCUGCCCAGACAGGCUCCUGCACAGCCCCACAUGGCUCCUGAGGGGAGGGGUGCUGGGCCUGAUGACACCCAGCCUGAUCCAGUGUCCGAGUUCCUCUCCUGGAGGAUGUCCACCACCACCACUGCCCGUUUUGAGCAGCUUUGCUCCUGUUUGCUCCCCAGAUAUUAAACACAAAGAGGGUCUUCUCUAAAAAGGAGAUUUGAUUUUCAAGACACUAUGAAGUGGGGUUGGUUUUGGCAAAGAUUUUAAUUCAAACAUCCACAGAAAGUUAUUACCUGACCUUGAAAACUCAUGGGAAAUGAUUCUCUGUUUUUCCAACCUGCUGUGUCCACUAGCAGGGAAAAAUAAGUUGUUCAUUCAGUGCAAGGGUGUCUACUGCCUGUGUUGUUGAUGACUUCAAAGGUUUCAUCUCCCCAAAAGGACUGCCUGGGAGUUUGUUGUUGCUCUGUUUAUGAGAGACAGCAGGAAAAUAAUGAGACUUCUGCCCUCAGAAGCAGACUCAGGAAGAUGACUCCACGGUCGGUGCAGGGUGGGCCUGAGAUCGUUGAACUUAGAGGAACUGAGCCAGCCAUGUCCAUACUGGCCAGAGAAAUGGGUUUGAGCUCCCUGCGCCAUCCUGUGCCUACACAUCCCAGGGGUGAG